GAAGUCUUUAUGAACAACUUCCAAGAUGAUGGUUACCUUUCGGUAACCUUUCAAUUGCUCCACUCGACUAGGACUAGCUGUUAGAUGAGAUGAACCUCACUUGAAUCAUCUCAGCUCACCAACACAGUGUUCACUUAAUUAUGAAACAUUUGGGUCGUCUACAACAAUACAUUAUUUUCUCAGAACAACAACCGAACUCGGUGGUAGCCAUAACCUCAACCUCAACCUCAACCUCAACGAAACCCCACUUCACUCCAUGUCAUGUCAUGCCAUGCCAAAGUGCUUCUCAAGCACUCACUGCGUUCACCUCUCCUCCAUCUUCAUCUGGGUGUUGUCUCCCAAACCCCAACACUUCCCUCUUACUCUUCCUCUUCCUCCUCCAACCAACCACCUCCUCCAGUUUCAGCUGAAAUCUUCAAAUCAGGUUCCCACAAAUGGGGUUCUUACAAGUUGGGAGAUUUAUCAUUCUAUUCCCUCAUUGAAAAACUCGCAGCUUCCUCUGAUUUCGCUUCAUUGGAAGAGCUUCUGCAGCAGAUGAAGCGUGAGAGGAGAGUUUUCAUUGAGAAGAAUUUCAUUGUUAUCUUCAAAGCUUAUGGGAAAGCCCAUUUCCCUGAAAAGGCUGUGAACUUGUUUCAUAGAAUGGAGGCUGAGUUUCAUUGUAAGCAAACUGUGAAAUCGUUUAAUUCUGUUCUCAAUGUGAUUAUUCAAGAGGGUCAUUUUCAUCGUGCAUUGGAGUUUUACUCUCAUGUGUGCAAGAGUUUGAACAUUCAACCAAAUGGACUUACAUUUAACUUGGUGAUUAAGGCCUUGUGUAAGGUUGGUUUGGUUGAUCAAGCUGUUGAAGUUUUCAGAGGGAUUCAUUUGAGGAAUUGUGCUCCUGAUAGUUAUACAUAUUCUACUUUGAUGGAUGGGUUGUGCAAGGAGGGGAGGAUUGAUGAGGCGGUUUCGUUGUUGGAUGAGAUGCAGAUUGAAGGAACGUUCCCGAACCCUUUUGUGUUUAAUGUGUUGAUCAGUGCAUUGUGCAAAAAGGGUGACUUGGUACGUGCAGCCAAGCUGGUUGAUAAUAUGUCUCUGAAGGGUUGUGUCCCCAAUGAGGUGACUUACAAUACACUUGUCGAUGGGCUUUGUCGGAAGGGUAAGUUGAACAAGGCGGUGAGUCUCUUGAAUCAAAUGGUGGCGAAUAAAUGCGUGCCUAAUGAUGUUACUUUCGGGACGCUUGUUCAUGGGUUUGUUAAGCAAGGUAGAGCUUCUGAUGGGGCUUCUGUGUUGAUCUCAUUGGAAGAGAGGGGUCACCGUGGGAAUGAGUAUAUUUACUCAUCUCUUAUAAGUGGCCUGUUUAAGGAAGGAAAAUUUGAGCAUGCAAUGCAGUUGUGGAAGGAAAUGAUGGAAAAAGGAUGCGAGCCAAAUACUGUAGUGUAUAGUGCUCUUAUAGAUGGUCUUUGCCGAGAAGGGAAGGCAGAUGAAGCUAGGGAGUACCUAAUUGAGAUGAAGAAUAAAGGUCACCUCCCGAAUUCUUUCACUUAUAGCUCCUUAAUGAGGGGUUUUUUUGAAGCAGGGGAUUGUCAUAAAGCUAUUCUUGUUUGGAAAGAGAUGAAAAAUAAUAGCUGCAAUCAUAAUGAGGUUUGUUACAGUAUACUCAUUAAUGGAUUGUGCAAGAAUGGGAAGCUUAUGGAGGCUAUGAUGGUGUGGAAGCAAAUGCUGAGUAGAGGAAUAAAAUUAGAUGUUGUGGCUUACAGUUCAAUGAUUCAUGGCUUUUGUAAUGCUCAACUAGUAGAUCAAGGGAUGAAACUUUUCAAUCAGAUGCUCUGUCAAGAGGCGGAGUUACAACCAGAUGUGGCUACAUAUAACAUACUUUUAAAUGCUUUUUACCAGCAGAAUAACAUCUCCCGCGCUAUGGAUGUUCUAAAUAUCAUGCUAGAUCAAGGAUGUGAUCCUGAUUUUAUUACUUGUGAUAUUUUCUUGAAAACUUUAAGAGACAAUAUGAACCCACCUCAAGAUGGGAGGGAGUUUCUUGAUGAGCUUGUAGUCCGGUUAGUUAAGCGACAGAGAACAAUAGGUGCUUCCAAAAUUAUAGAAGUGAUGCUAGAUAGGUGUUUGUUGCCGGAAGCUUCUACAUGGGCCAUAGUUGUUCAACAGCUCUGCAAACCUAGAAACAUUAGAAAAGCCAUUAGUGAGUGCUGGAGUAGGCUGUGUUGCUAAUAUCUUGUAAGAUGUGUUAUGCUACUGCAGUUUCCUUGGGCCAUAGUUGUUGGUGUAGGCUCUGUUGCUAAUAUACUGGGAUUUCUGGAUGAAGGUCCUCAAACACAAGGGCCUCUAACUUUAUAUGCACAGAUACAGUGAUAAAAAUCAGAUGGAAUCUACAUUCAUCAGAUGAAAGUCAAUGGUGAUGGACUUGUGAACCAGAUUACUGCAUAAUACCAACAGAUAGAAGUGCAAUUUUCUUUUGUGAGCACGUACAGAGUUCAUAGGUUGCUUUGUUCUAAUUGCCAAGGAAAAGAAUGCAAGGUUCAUAUUCUGAUUACACUAGUCUCUCAGAGACUCAGACCCAUCAUUAUCUGUCCAUUCCAUUGGUCCGGGAUCCUAGGUCUGUAAAAAUAUUGAAGUUACCAACUAUACUCUAACCAUCAGAGUUGAAGGUACAGAUUGAAUGGAAAAAUUGUGGGGCUGAUCGAUGAAACCAAUUGCUAAAGCCUAAAGUGUCCGCAAUUGUUGUCAGAAAAACAGAACUUUUGUUUGAUACUUCAUUCUUGAUUUUAAAACUUAAAUCUGUUAGUAGAUUAUAACUUUUAUUUUUUGUAUAGAUAACAAUUUACUCUGUCAAUGACAUGCCCCAUUGGCUAUGUUAAUUUUGAUGAUUCAGGAUAGAGGUAUGAAUAUGAUUAUUUUUUGGUUAGUGUUUUGCUCUA